GGGAACGUGGUCGCUUCGCGCCGUGACGUAACAAUCAGCUUGUCAGUAUCUGUCCAUCACACCACAGAAAGAAGCCACUUACACGAGGAAAGGCAUAGGGCGACGAAACAUCGACAGGUACAGAUAUGAGCUCCGCACGGCCUCGUCAGGAUGCGUUAGAGUAUGGGAGUAGCCAGUAGUCGUCCUGGAGCGCAAUAUCCAUCCACUCAGACUGCUGAAAUGUCGCCCGUUCAAGAUAUUUAUAGGAAGGUUCGAAUAAGUAAUGUGUCAGCAAAAAUUGAUAAUGCACCAACAAAACUAGAUGAGACUUCCCCAACUGUUCUCAAAUACAGAACACCGGACUUCAGAGCCAGUGCUCUUGUCCAGAUGGGCCCUCUUGAGGAGGGAGAAAAGUGGAAGGUCGGCUGGAUCCAGGCCUGCACCGAGAUGAUGUUCCACAAUACCUACGGCGCAGACGGAUUCACGAGCUGGGAGUUUCCAGAACUGAAGAGUGGUCGGCCGAUGAUCAGCGAUUGUGACGGUCGUCAUUAUCCAUGGUACGGGUCAAACGAUGAGACGGCCAUUUUCAAAGGGCCCUGCAAAGAACGCGAGGCCUAUGUAGCAAUGCAUGACAAUUUCCAUCCUCACGUCACGUGGCGAAAUCCAGCCAAUAGCGGUCAAAAGGAUCCGAAUCUCACGAGAGUUCAGCGAGACCAAAGUUUCUACGUCUGGCUUGUCGCUUGGAACAUGGCGGAUCGCCGGUCCUACAUCUUAAAGACCAUUCGGUGGACUAUGAAACUGGACAUUAUGGUCCAGCCCCAGCGGCCACUCGGCCACAGGGCGAAGUUGGUCAGCGACCCAGUGCCAGAGCAACCUCAGCUCGUCUCUAGGAAUGUUCCAAUUCCAAAGUGUGCCUUAGUGCCGCCUAAUGCGAACAGUGCACAGAUGCUAGUCUGGCGGCCAUGCGAAGGAAAACCGCUCGUGAUUAUCCCACCUUCUUGGACAGAGAAAGCAUUGGAUCCGUCACCAAGCAACCACCAACCUGACAGCAGGUUAUGACGUAGGCGAUAUUAGUUAUUUAUUUAUUUUUCUUUCAUAUUCUCAGGGACUUAAAUGUGCAAAAUCAACUUACUAACGUGGAAUAGACAUGGUUGUCCUCAUUUUGGAUCUGCUUUAAAUUGUUAUUUGUUUGAUAUCAAAGGGCUUGGAUGCAUAUUAUUGUAAAGGUGGGUCUAUUUUUUGUACUGAAGCUUUACACUCUGUAUUGAUGUAUUUAAAAUACAUACAUGUAUUUGAGAUACAUAAGUAUAUGUAUAUAUGAAAUACAAGUUUAUCUCGCCGACUAAAGACGUCAGUAUUACUUCAAACUCAGAACAUUUCCAAACUUUCACGAAAAAUUAAUAAAAGGUUUUUUUUUUCGUUUACAUAGCUU